AUGGCCAACAGGAUCAAAGACUUGAAAGAGCAGCUGCAUGAACAGAAGGUGAAGGAGGAGAGAGAGGCCCUGGCACUGGAGACCAUGGUGCAGUCUGUGGAACAGAACCUGCAGAAAAUGACCAAACGAGCUGUAAAAGCUGAAACCAAUGCCUCAAAACUUAAGGAAGAACUUCUUCAGCUGCAGGACCAAUUGGAAGUGUACCGCAGUGGAAAUGAGAGACUCCGAGCUGCGGAAACAACUGCUUUGAACACCAUGAAACAAAAUGCUCAGGUUGCAUCAGAAUAUCUCAGCAAAGCUGCCAACAAUGCACAGAUGUCUAUCAGGCAGUUGCUCUCAGAAGCAGAGACACUCAGUCUGGUUUCAAAGAUGCUGUGUUCCAUGGAUAAGAUAUCUCGGAUGGACCCUGAGGACUGCUGAUCUCAACUAAAGCUCAGCGAGUGUUUUUAGGUUAUUUUAAACGAUAUACUGAACGGAAUU